AAGAGGUGGUUUCGCUUUCUGUUUGCAGCGGGGGCGGCUGGAGGAGGAAGCAGCUAAUUUCCACCGUGAGAAAUGAUUUUUUUUAACGCCGAAUUAAUUCGCACUUCGUUAUGGAUUGGAGAAACACGUUUGUUUCGUGCCUGGUGUUUUUUAUUCCCAGCAGCGCUUGUUUGUCUGAACUACCUCCACCACAACAUGUCGUAAUCGAAUCCUCCACAUUGCGGUGGAACCCUCCAUUAGGCGAAAGCAACUUUAAUUAUACUGUUCAGUUCAGCAAGGUACCAGAGGAGGAGUGGCACUAUGUGUGUGGCUGUAAUCAGCCACAGUUCAACUUCACAGCUGCUUCUGAAGAUUUCUAUGGAAGGAUUUUUCGUAUACGAACAGAGACAACAAACCAAUCAUCAGCAUGGAUCCCGUCAGAGCAAGUUCUGUGUGAACACACUGCUACAUGUUCUCCCCUAUUCAACCUGACAGUAAAAUCGGACAAGGUGUAUUUGUGGACAGGCCAUAAAGACCAGAGUCUGAAGAGAGAGUUUGGGGGUCACAUUGUCUUUAAGGCUCUGUACUGGAAAGAAGACCAAAUCAGUAAUAAACAGGAGUAUUAUGUUGGAGGCGGGACCUUGAAAAUAGAGGGCCUUAAGUCAGGACAGAAAUACUGCUUCCAGGUUGUGUAUCUGGCAUACAGUAAAUUGUAUGGACGUCCUAGCAGAGUACUCUGUCAAGUCAUCCCUAUGUCACCUGCACAGGAAAACAUUCAGAUUAUUGUUGUGGGUAUUCUAAUAGUUGUGGUACUGUUUGGUUUUGGAGUGUGCCUUUAUUGUUUUUACAAAAACUACAAGAAGGUGAAACUCUUUCUUCAACCCCCGCUGGAUAUUCCUGAGCACAUUCAAAAGUUUUUUUCAGAGGAAUUGCCACACCAGCAACUAGUUUCUAAUGGCACCCAGGAGCUGGAAUUGGAUAAUAAUGUAAUGUAUGUGUCAGAAGACACCAGAAAGGAGGAAGAGGACAGAAGUGAUGCUGUCCUCUAAAGAGCAUGUUCUCCCACCCCGAAAGUGGCAGCCGACACCGCAUCACACCCAGUGCUGCCCAGGCCGGGAGGUAAAGACCAGCAUGUCUUUCUUCGGAGACAUGUGAAGCUCCCCCCCCCCCCC